UACUCUCAAACUAAGGGAGAGUGAGGGUCAAAGUCCCUUUAAAAAAAAAAAAAAGUGAAAUACAGUAUUGUGCAUCUUGAAAUCUGAAACCAAGAAACAGAAGUGCAAGGGAAACAAGGGGGGAAGCCUUGCAAUUCCUGAGGACAACUGUUGCAAGUGGAGUUUUAAGAAGUAAAAUACCUGUCUGUGCAUUUAAAGGGUGUUGAAUGGCUUUUGGGGAGAAGGCUGUGAAAUAAAGGAGAUCAAGGGAAGACUUUUUUUUUCUCUCAUCUUCUCUGGAUAUAAUGGCCAUUGCAAAGCAAAGCAUCGCCAGAUUUGGCUUCAAGUGUUUCUUCUUUGCAACUUUUCUGCUGGUGUGUGAUGGACACAGUGGGAAGAGAGAGAACGGGGGUCCUGCCUGCUACGGAGGGUUUGAUUUGUACUUCAUUCUGGACAAAUCAGGAAGUGUCCUGCACCACUGGAAUGAAAUAUAUCACUUUGUGGAACAUUUGGCCCGUAAGUUCAUAAGCCCUCAACUGAGGAUGUCCUUCAUAGUUUUUUCAACCAGAGGAACAAUUCUGAUGAGAUUAACAGAAGACAGGGAACAGAUACGUCAGGGUCUAGAAGAGCUUCAGAAAGUCCUUCCAGGAGGUGACACAUACAUGCAUGAAGGAUUUGAAAGGGCAAGUGAACAGAUUUACUAUGAAAAUGUUCAUGGUUACAGAACUGCAAGUGUCAUCAUUGCACUGACAGAUGGAGAACUCCAUGAAGACCUGUUUUUCUACUCUGAGAGGGAGGCCAAUCGGUCAAGAGAGCUGGGAGCAACAGUAUAUUGUGUUGGUGUGAAAGACUUCAAUGAAACCCAGCUGGCAAGAAUUGCUGACAGUAAAGAUCAUGUCUUUCCUGUGAAUGAUGGUUUUGAAGCCCUGCAGGGAAUUAUUGACUCUAUUUUGAAGAAAUCUUGUAUUGAAAUUCUGGCUGCAGAGCCUUCCAGUAUAUGUGCAGGAGAGUCAUUUCAGGUUGUUGUGAGAGGAAAUGGAUUUCGACAUGCUCGUAACGUCGACAGAGUACUCUGCAGCUUCAGGAUCAACGACACAGUCACUCUCAAUGAGAAGCCUUUUGUUGUGGAAGAUACCUAUUUACUCUGCCCAGCACCUGUACUACGAGAAGUUGGCAUGGAGGCAGCUCUUCAAGUUAGUAUGAAUGAUGGUCUAAGCUUCAUCUCCAGCUCUGUCAUCAUCUCCAGCACACAUUGUUCAGAUGGGACCAUCCUGGCUAUAGCUCUGUUGAUUCUCUUCCUGCUGCUGGCACUGGCUCUCCUCUGGUGGUUCUGGCCUCUUUGCUGCACAGUGAUCAUCAAAGAGCCUCCUCCACCUCCUGCAGAAGACAGUGAGGAGGAAGAUGACGAUGGUCUUCCAAAGAAGAAAUGGCCAACAGUGGAUGCUUCUUAUUAUGGCGGUCGAGGAGUUGGCGGCAUCAAGAGAAUGGAGGUGCGCUGGGGAGAAAAGGGCUCCACAGAGGAAGGCGCUAAAUUAGAGAAAGCCAAGAAUGCCAGGGUCAAGAUGCCAGAACAAGAAUAUGAGUUCCCAGAACCCAGGAACCUUGCAAACAACAUGCGCAGACCUUCCUCUCCUCGGAAGUGGUACUCUCCAAUCAAGGGGAAGUUGGAUGCUCUCUGGGUCUUGCUGCGGAAGGGUUACGAUCGUGUAUCAGUGAUGCGCCCACAACCAGGAGACAAGGGGCGUUGCAUCAAUUUCACCCGAGUGAAGAAUGCCGACGCUCCCCCCAAAUACCCCCUCAACAACGCCUACCCACUGCCCCCCCCUCCCCCAGCCCCUGUCUACAACCCUCCACUGCCAGUUCCCAUCUACAACCCACCGCCCCCCAGCUCUCCCACACCCCAUGCCCCGUCCCCAUCCUCCACGCUCCCCCCUCUCCCCCCACUGCCUCAAGUCCCACCACCAAACAGGGCACCCCCUCCAUCCCGGCCCCCUCCUCGCCCUACAGUCUAGGGGUUCCAUCUCUUCUAGAAGCAUUUGAGGUUUUUUUCAGCAGUACUGUAUCAUGUCUGUCUUUGGGGUGGGGGGUGGGGGGACAGAGGAAGCCACACCAGUAUUGGAAUGGGACAGAAUGAACGACUUCAUCAUCGCCUUUCUCCUUUCAUUUUCUGUUGUCUUUAAAACCCCUUGAGCAUCAGUGCCACCAAACUAUUAAAGCAAGAAAAGCCAAGAGACUGCAGGAGUGACUCCAGCUCUGUUACAGCAACGCUCUCCCCACCGCUUCCCCAUGCCUCAUCACCAGUGAUUCCGGGAUAAAUUGAAAAAAUGAUUGAAGGUUCUCCCCAGGGAAGAGCUGCAAAAGGCUCCUUCUGAAGACAUCUGCACAAAUUAACCAUAUGAGACUCAUGGGAUAACAGAAAGCCAGGUUGCAUGCCAGCGGCCAGGUGACUAAGGACAACAGUAAGUCAGCAACCACAGAAACACCAUAAAUCUGGAGAAGAAUUGAUGGUGGGCAGCUGUUCUCAUGGCCUGUGAAUUGGAGAAGGGAAGGUCACCUUUGAGGGUCCAAAAAGAAGGGGUAGGUCUCUGGUGUCUGGUUUGGGGUAUGUUGGGAUGUGGAAGUGCAGGUGAAUGAAAACGAAGUGCCACCAGGCAAAUGGAUCACAUGGAAGAUCAAUCAGCGCAAUCAGUGAAUCAAUCACCAGGCUGCAGCCUCCUCCCACGAGGACAGGAGUGACACAGCAUAUUGGUGCUCCCUCUGGGACAGAGGGGCUCACAGCAAUCUGGGGAAGGUCUGGUUGACAGAAGAAUCUUUGCAUUUGGCUUAGACUAAUUACAUCCAUCUAAUUAACACCUCUGCAGUUCAGCACUAUAAUUUAAUGCUGUUUUCCAUUCUUAAAGGAAAGUUCCUUAGUACAAAUAGGUGACUAGGCGUAUCAAUUUCUCUAAAUCCAGUCUGCUUGGACUCCUUGUUAUUGUCAGUUUGAAAUGGUUACCACUGAUGCAUUCCUGUUUUUUUCUGUAAACUACGUACUUUAGCCCUGAAAAUAUUUCCACAUGGAUUUUUAUUAUUUGUUUUCCCUUCCUGAAUGAGUAGCAGAUGUCUUCCAAACUCAAAGAGCCAGUGUACUUACUCACUCUUGUCAACUCUCAGCAACAUCACUUCUCUACGCAGUUGUUGACUAUGGCAAAAAUCCCACACCAGAUACAAGAUGGGAAUCAGUCUUCCAAGAAAUGCACUGGAUGCAUUUCUCCAUGCUUUCCUCUUUGUGGGACUACCACCGUAUUCCACACCACAGCAAACUUUCUGAGCACAUGCCUAGUGAUAGCAAUAGGGGAGACUGCUGCGCUUCAGUCUGUUUUAUGGUCAGGAUUGGUUCUCAUGAAAGGACUGGAAAUUGCCAAGUCAUGAAGGGUAAAACUCUCUUGUUCUAUGAAUAUCUAAGGGUUCUUAUUUCUUAUGCUCAUAUCAUCUUGUACCAGGUAAAAAAAUGCAUUGCCAAGUGCUUACUUCAGUGCUGUUGGAAAUAAUAAUUCUAGCUUUUCGUGCUAUUAAAAAAAAAAAAAAAAAAAAAAAAAAAACCUCAAGGAGGAAAAAGUACAAAUGAAAAAGGCUCAGUGGAGACCUGGCUUGGGACCUCUUGGUAAGGACAUCCUGUGAAUGAAGCCUGACCGUGAGACCCAGGGUCAAGCUAAGCCACAUUUGGUCUAUGUGCCACUUUUAGGUGCCAUAAACACAACAGCUACAAUGGAUCUGAAGACUCAUUUGAAGGGUGGCUGUUCACCCCAACACUGUUUUGUCUGCAGGCGGCACAGAGCAGUCCCCAGUUCGGAGCAAAACCCAGUUUUGCCACUCACUAUGUCAAGUUCUAUCAGGCAGAAGGCGCGGUUGGUUCAAUGAGAUGACUUUGUCAUGGUCAUGUUGGAGUGGGAAGCCUUUAACAACCCAACACAAAUUGGUUGGAUUCCCUCUGGUGAUGAAUGGGAUUUGGUGAGAUGUUGAAAGAGUACGGUGUAAAACAGGAUCAAUAAAUAUUUCCCUCAACAGAACCUCAGUAUUCCAAAACAGGUUGGAAAAGAGAUUGAUUUUCAGCAAUACGGCAUUUAGGCUUUUGUGUGUGUGUGUGUGUGUGUCAAUUAAGCAGUAAACAUAAACCCAUAAAUCUAAAGCUACUGCUGGGGAAAAAAAUAAUGGCAGUGUAUGCUCCAUCACUGAAACUCACUUCUUGCAGAUGUAUAUAGGAAUUUUCCUUCUCUGCAAACAGAGGAGAAAAAAAAUCCACAGUAGGAAAGAAGCAAAACGAAGCAUACAUUGGGCUAGAAAAAUAAUCAUUGCAGAAUACCUCCAUGUACUCAUCCCGUUUAUGAAUAAACUUUUUUUGUUUUGUUUUG